AUGGCGGCCAGCCCUGACUAUCAGUCCGUGUUAUCAAGUAGGCACAGUACAGUACUUGGCGACAGUGCCAUUGUCGACUUACGACAUCUGGGAUACCAUUUUAUACCCGUUGUUGUCUCUGCCCAUCAUGAUGUAGCCUAUCGAACCCCGACUGCCACAAGACUUGCGGAUCGAUUGCAUUCUCCUGGUACAAACCGAGAUAUCUUGAUUGAUCAAUCAAAGCUGAAAACCGAUACUCUGACGGAAGGUGCCCACUUUGACACUGCCACGGGACUGUUGCCAGUGAGGGAGGGUCUCCCAGUUACUCACGCAGCUUUUGUUGCGUCGCUCGUUCAAUCACUGUACCAAACCGUCAUAUAUUUAAACGCGACAAACUCCGAUGCGUACACAAGUCAAGCCAUCGCCGUUCCCUCCCGUCUCUAUUUCACACCAAACCCCGAGCUGUCAUUGAACAGCCCCAGAGUCGGAAUUAAGGACAGCAUCGAUAUCGCUGGCGCCAAAACAUUUGACUCCUCUCUGGCCUAUGGCGCAUUCCAUGGCAUCACGUCCCAGAAUGCCCCCUCCAUUCAGCGAUUGCUAGAUCUCGUCGCUGUCAUCAUAGGCAAGACAGGCAUGAGCCAGCUCGCUGACACUGAGAUCCCACAUAUGGCUUUGUCGACUUUCACGCUCCCUCACGAUGUCGACAUAAGCUCCCCACGUGAGAGAAGCACUGGGGGAAGUGUACGCCAAUUGGCAGCUAGCCAUUAA